AUGAUGAAAAACAGCAUGGUAACGCUAGUUCCAAAAUCAUCUUCAAGGAAUUCUGGUGAACAUUUGCAGCGAAAAACCAACUUAAACUCGUCUAUCACGGACGCAAAAGAUGUUAAGGAAGAACAAUUAAUAGUGGAUGAUAUCGGAUCAAAGAUAAAGCUGAGCAGUUUUGGACAAAAAGCAGAUAAAUGGCUUCUCACACUGGAUGAGCAUUCAGUAGCUAAGUUGGGGAAUCCUCCUUCUUUGGCUGAUGGAUUAGAUCGAAAAACCGAACUGGAUUUGCGAUAUCUUGGUUGUGAAAUAAUUCAGUCAGGUGCGAUACUGCUCCGUAUACCUCAGGUUGCAGCAGCAACAGCACAGAUUCUUUACCAACGAUUUUAUUAUCAGAGAUCGUUUGUUCGACAUCAUUUUGAAUAUACGGUAAUGGCAUGCCUUUUAUUAGCGAGCAAAAUUGAGGAGGCGCCACGUCGACCGCGUGAUGUCAUCAAUGUGUUCCAUCGUUUGGAACAUUUACAUGGCAAACGAAAUGAAUCCAAAAAGUAAGUUUAAUUAUAAUCUGUUACUUAUAAAAUGUGCAUGGUUAUACAGGAUUUACGCGUUUAAGAGAGGGAGCGAUAGGAUAUGCAAUGGACAUUGUUGACACAAAGG